ACUUCUUAGAGAGCAGUGCCAUUCUCAGUCUGUAGAAUGGGAAAUGGAAAGAAUCAGAGCUUCAGAGAAGGCAAGUGACUUACCCAAGGUCACACAGUGCUUUAAGCCCAAAUGAAAACUCAUAAGCCCUCCUUUGCCACACUUACCCAGCCCCACUCACACGUCUAUUACAACCAGGGGCCCCAACAUGGUGCCUGGAAGAACAGGUCUGGGGCACAGGGCCGGGCCUGAUUAAUGUCUUCCUCGCUGUCUUCUACCAAGGGGCUCUGAUUAGGCCUAUUUAUAGGGGCCUGGCACCUUAACAUUCUGCCUGGUGCGUCUCUUGCCAGUCAAAUCAGUGCCAUCUGCAGUGAUUGCUGCUUUAGUGGCAACAGGGAGCGGAGUUAAUUAAACCCAGUAUAAAUAGACUGUGCCCUCAUCUAGAAAUUCAAAGGAGUGUUUUUUCUUCCUGUCCUCUGCCCCCACAGGCCCCUUCUUCCUCCUGGCCCCCCUUGGCUCUAGCCUGGGUGAGCAGAGCCGGACGCUCCUAUACCUAGAGUCACCAGCCACGGCCUGUCCUAACACAGGAACAGGCCAAAGUGAGAACCACCCAGGAGUCCACAUGUUCUGUGCUUUUCCAGAGCCGGGCACCAUGACUCCCAUGAUGACCCAGCACUCGUUGGCAGGUCAGACCUAUGCGGUGCCCCUCAUCCAGCCGGACCUGCGGCGAGAGGAGGCCAUCCAGCAGGUGGCGGAUGCCCUGCAGUACCUACAGAAGGUGUCUGGAGACAUCUUCAGCAGGAUCUCCCAGCGAGUAGAGCUCAGCCGGAGCCAGCUGCAGGCCAUUGGGGAGAGGGUCUCCUUGGCCCAGGCCAAGAUUGAGAAGAUCAAGGGCAGCAAGAAGGCCAUCAAGGUGUUCUCCAGUGCCAAGUACCCAGCUCCAGAGCACCUGCAGGAGUAUGGGUCCAUCUUCACGGGGGCCCAGGACCCUGGCCUGCAGAGACGCCCCCGCUACAGGAUCCAGAGCAAGCACCGCCCCCUGGAUGAGCGGGCCCUGCAGGAGAAGCUGAAAUACUUCCCUGUAUGUGUGAACACCAAGCUGGAGCCUGAGGAUGAGGCUGAGGAGGGGCUCGGGGGUCUUCCCAGCAACAUCAGCUCCGUCAGCUCCUUGCUGCUCUUCAACACCACUGAGAACCUGUACAAAAAGUAUGUCUUCCUGGACCCCCUGGCUGGAGCUGUAACAAAGACCCACAUGAUGCUGGGGGCGGAGACGGAGGAGAAGCUGUUCGAUGCCCCUCUGUCCAUCAGCAAGAGAGAGCAGCUGGAGCAGCAGGUUCCAGAGAACUACUUUUACGUGCCCGACCUGGGCCAAGUGCCUGAGAUCGAUGUCCCAUCCUACCUGCCUGACCUGCCAGGCAUUGCCGAUGACCUCAUGUACAGCGCCGACCUGGGCCCUGGCAUUGCCCCCUCUGCCCCUGGCUCCAUUCCAGAGCUGCCCACCUUCCACACAGAGGUCGCCGAGCCUUUCAAGCCAGACCUACAAGAUGGGGUGCUUACAGCACCCCCACCGCCACCGCCACCACCGCCGCCUCCCCCAGCAGUGCCAGUCAGUGCACCCCCACCCCCGAGUGUGGCCUCUCCUGGCAAAGGCACCGGGGACGAUGACAGCAGAGAUGGCGUGUCUCCCUCAGCUCCAGUCCAGGAAGCCCCCAGGGAAGUGGUUGAGCCCUCCAGUGGCCGGGCCACUCUGCUGGAGUCCAUCCGCCAGGCUGGGGGCAUCGGCAAGGCCAAGCUCCGCAGUGUCAAGGAGCGCAAGCUGGAGAAGAAGAAACAGAAGGAGCAGGAGCAAGUCAGAGCCACGGGCCAAGGUGGGGACCUGAUGGCAGAUCUCUUUAACAAGCUGGUCAUGAGGCGCAAAGGUAUCUCCGGGAAAGGACCUGGGCCGGGGGCCAGCGAUGGGCCAGGAGGAGCCUUUGCCCGAAUGUCAGACUCCAUCCCGCCUCUGCCCCCGCCCCAGCAGCCACCGGGAGAGGAGGACGAGGAUGACUGGGAAUCCUAGGGCUCAGCUGCUUCUUCCUCC